GCGCAGGCGCAGUGACUCAGGCGCGUGGCUGAGAGACCUCCUCGGUGCACGCCGCGCUCGUCAGAGGCUCAGCUGAUGGCGCAGAGAUGAUGGCCGCAUGGAUCCUCCUGAGCUGUGCGUGGGGACAGGGCAUGCGCGCGGAGGACUUCGCGAUGGAGGAGCUGGCCACGGAGAAGGAGGCGGAGGAGAGCCACCGGCAGGACAGCUUUAACAUGCUGACCUUCAUCCUGCUGCUCACCCUCACCAUCCUCACCAUCUGGCUCUUCAAGCACCGGCGGGUCCGCUUCCUGCACGAGACCGGGCUGGCGAUGAUCUACGGUUUACUGGUUGGUGUGAUUCUGCGUUAUGGCAUCCCAGCCAACAGCUAUCACAACAAGACGCCAGCAAGCUGCUCGCUGAGGGAGGGACCCACCAGCACACUGCUGCUGAAUGUCAGCGGGAAGUUCUUUGAGUACACGCUGAAAGGAGAGAUCAACUCCCGCGAGAUACACAACGUGGAGCAGAACGACAUGCUGCGAAAGGUGACCUUUGACCCCGAGGUCUUCUUCAACAUUUUGCUGCCUCCCAUCAUUUUCCAUGCGGGCUACAGUCUGAAGAAGAGACACUUCUUCAGGAACCUGGGCUCCAUCAUCACCUACGCCUUCCUGGGCACCGCCGUCUCCUGUUUCGUCAUCGGGAACCUGAUGUACGGCGUGGUCAAGCUGAUGCAGGCAGUGGGUCAGCUGACGGGGAAGUUUUACUACACUGACUGCCUUUUCUUUGGCGCCAUCAUCUCUGCCACGGACCCAGUGACGGUGCUGGCCAUCUUUAACGAGCUGCACGCUGACGGGGAUCUGUACGCGCUGCUUUUCGGCGAGAGCGUCAUGAACGACGCCGUGGCCAUUGUGCUGUCCUCGUCCAUCGUGGCGUACCAGCCAGCCGGCGCCAACACGCACCAGUUUGAUGCUUCGGCUUUUUUCAAGUCUGUGGGGGUUUUCAUUGGCAUUUUCAGCGGCUCCUUCGUGAUGGGCGCGGCCACGGGAGUGGUCACCGCUCUCGUCACCAAGUUCACCAAGCUGCACUGCUUCCCGCUGCUGGAGACGGCCCUCUUCUUCCUCAUGUCCUGGAGCACCUUCCUCCUCGCCGAGGCCUGCGGCUUCACAGGCGUUGUGGCCGUGCUGUUUUGUGGCAUCACGCAGGCUCACUACACCUACAACAACCUCUCUGAAGAGUCCACAAAGCGCACCAAGCAGCUUUUUGAGGUUCUUCAUUUCCUGGCUGAGAACUUCAUCUUCUCCUACAUGGGCUUGGCUCUAUUCACCUUCCAGAAUCACAUUUUCAGCCCCGUCUUCAUCAUCGGAGCCUUCAUUGCCAUUUUCAUCGGAAGAGCUCUGAAUAUCUACCCGCUCUCCUUUCUUCUCAACCUCGGUCGAAGGCACAAGAUCAAAGGAAACUUCCAGCACAUGAUGAUGUUUGCAGGUUUGCGUGGGGCGAUGGCGUUCGCCUUGGCCAUACGCGACACAGCUACGUACGCCCGUCAGAUGAUGUUCACCACUACGCUGCUCAUCGUCUUCUUCACCGUGUGGGUGUUUGGAGGUGGAACCACACCCAUGCUGUCCUGGCUGCAUAUCAGAGUCGAUGUUGAUCCAGACCAAGACCUGCAGCCGUCUGCAGACAGCUUCCAGGUCCUGCAGGGGGAUGGGCCUCAGGCUGAAGGACAAAGUAAAACCAAGCAGGAGAGCGCAUGGCUCUUCAGACUGUGGUACACGUUCGAUCACAAUUACCUGAAGCCCAUUCUGACCCACAGUGGCCCGCCUCUCACCUCCACCCUACCCAGCUACUGCGGGCCGCUGGCGAGCUGUCUGACCACCCCCCGGGCGUACGAGAACCAUGAGCAGCUGAGAGACCCGGACUCUGACCUGAUCCGUGGCGACGCAGACUUGACCUUCACCUUCGGGGACACCGCCAUCACCGCCAACGGGGCGUCUGGCAGUGGAGCGGACACUGCCGGUGGGUCGGGCUGGAGCGCGAAUGGGAAAAGGAGCGGCAGCACAUCAGAGGAGGCGCUGGAGCGUGAGCUGGACUCCCGCGAGCAGGAGCUGCUGAGCCGAGGGACGCGCCUCGUUUUCCCCAUCGAGGACCACAUCUGACCCCACCUGUCCCCGCCACCCGCACCCACCCCCCGACCACCUCAUCCUCAGCUUUCUCCACAUCCAGGAGGGCGGUCCUGCAGAGUGACUCUGAACUUCCUUUGGGAUCACAACACCUCAGUUGGACAAAGUCUCUCUGACUCAUUCUGUCAUGUGACCCUGUCAUGUAGACGGGCAUCGCUGCACUCGCCUAUGUCUGAAUACUCCUCUUCCUCCUUGCUCCACACAGCGUCCGGGUGUCUGCUCUGGACGAAUACGCAGUUAAAGAACUUUGUAUUUCAUUAUGCCUCCAAAGGAAAUGCUGAUUUUUCAAAACAGACGUGCAGUGUGCAGUCGGACUGCGGAGCUUCAACUUUUGGACGAGGAUCAGAAGCAGCGCAGCAGCUGAGAAAUGCUUUCACUGAUGAUACGCAUGCAAAGAUGGAUGAUUCUCCCAACAUCCAGCAGGCUCUCGGUGACCUCUGGAUGGAUCCC